CUCCUCCCCAAUCUCUCCUGCAUCAGCACCAUCACUCGCAUUCGUAGAGCCUCAGGAUCCAGAAGACCAGCUCUGACCUGACUUAAGAGGCUUCAAUCUUCGAGAUGGAGAGCUUGCUGGACAACCCAAUGAAAGCCGUGCUUUAUCUCAAAGAACUCACCACUAUUGUACAAAACCAGCAGAGUCUGAUUCAAACCCAGCGGCAGCGGAUCGACGAGCUCGAGAGGAAGGUUGAGGAUUUGAUCGGCGAGAACCGUCAGCUGAGAGAUCCGCAUCAGCACCAACAUUAUCAUCCGCACCACCAUCACCCAUCCCCGCCUACUAGCAGCCCGCACCCGGCCGUUCACCCUCACCAGCAUUCGGGGAGUCACGGUCAAACCCAGCCGCAGCUGCCGCAACAGCAGCAUCCGUCGAAACAGCCGCAGCCGCAGCCAGCAGCACCCAUUCAUCACCCGCAGCAUCUGCAGCUGGUACCUACAUCUCCACCGACUCUAAAAGCGAGUCAGUCCAGCCCUGAGUCAGCAGACGACGACAAGAAAAGCCCAUCCUGCAAGUCUUUGGUUCCGCAAACGCCAUCGACACUGUGCCGGUCCGUCGGCCUUGCCAGGAAACCAGAGAACCAGACAGUUCUUCACCAGUUUUGUUGUCCUGCUCCAGACGCCCCUGAAUCUGACUCUCAAGCCUGUGUACCCAGUGAAGAGCCACCCUUACCUUCUUCCAUUGCAACACCAUCACCUGUCGCAUCACCAUCACAUGGGGUGACCCCAACCAGUGCCCCACAAUCCGAGGUCCAGGUGGAACAUCAUGUUGCAGAGAGCACCGUGACAUCUAUCAAUGAAGGAGGGGGAGAUGGGGAUCGAGACGGAGGUGAUGCACAAGAGAAAGGGAGUGCAGAGGUGGAAAAGGAAGAGGUGAGGGCAGAAGAGAUAGUACAGGAGGAAGAAAAAACCCAGACACAACCACCACAACCAAUACAGGAGGAGGUGAAGAAGGGGACAGAGGAGCAGGAGAAAGAAACACCAAGUACUGGAAGCACAGGAAGGAGGGCAAGCUUGCAUCACACUGCUUCACCAAUCAGAGUACAGAGGAAUGGAGCAUGCAGCCACUCUACCACCUCCGACUAUGAACUCUCACUCGACCUCAAAAACAAGCAGAUCGAAAUGUUAGAGCACAAAUAUGGGGGUCACCUAAUCUCUCGACGAGCUGCUUGCAAGAUUCAGACUGCCUUUCGCCAGUAUCAGCUUAGCAAAAACUUUGAGAAAAUUCGAAAUUCCCUUCUUGAAAGUCGCUUGCCUCGCCGUAUCUCCCUGCGAAAGGUACGGGUGCAGAAUACAGAGGGUAUCUCAGCUGAACGGGCACUGGCUGAAGGCUGCAAUCUGACAAGCAUUCCCCUUGUCCGCUCCCCAUCUUUGCCAACCACGGUAGGGGGCACUCUCACUGAUCUUGAAGAUUCCUUCAAUGAGCAAGUGCAGUCUCUUGCAAAAUCCAUUGAUGAUGCACUUAGCAAUUGGAGCAUGAAGACCAUGUGUUCACUCCAAGAAGGAGGCACCUACCAGUUUAGCUCAGAGGCUUUUAGUACAGCUGGUGGCAAAUCUGGGUUGGCAGAAACAGUAAAAAAAGGUAGCCCCAUGGACCCUUCCACAUUUCAUAGUGGCACAGGACAAGUAGACAGCUUGGAGAAUGUAGCCCAGAGUGCCAGCAAAUUGAUGAUGGCCUUCCGGGAUGUGACCGUUCAAAUUGACAGCCAGAACUUUCGUAUGUCCUCUUCUGUUAUGGAGUCCUCAACUUCCGUGUCUCUUGGUAAUUGCAUCCAGCAGGGGGCUAUAAUUACUGAGAGCCCACAGCAACCUAAAAUUAAUGAUGUAAAGGAACAACCUCAACAAAGACAACCAUCAACAUUUCUAGAGGAUCCAGUUUCUCCACCACUAGAGCAGGAUGCUGAGGAAGUUCCAGAUGGAGAUUUUCCAGCUCCUCCACCAAGUGAGGAGGUGCUCGGGGAAGAUGUACUACCUCUGGAGCUGGAGAAACAGGAAGUUCCACAACCAACAAUUCCAGCACAGACAGCAAUAACCUCUGAAACCUUGUCUCCACCAGAGGUUGCAGAGACGCCUGUCACACCAAUUGUAGAAGUUCUGGAAGCUAAGCAUAUUGAAUCAGACACAGCAGACAACAGUUCGGAGCAGAUGAGUAGCAGCAGUACAUCAACAUCAGCACAGUCUGCUUCAGAGGUCUCAUCGAAAGAGGCUUUACAGGCCAUGAUUCUUAGCUUGCCCCGAUACCAUUGCGAAAACCCAACCAGUUGCAAAUCUCCAACCCUCUCUACUGACAUCAUGCGGAAACGCUUAUACCGCAUUGGUCUCAAUCUCUUCAACAUAAAUCCAGACAAGGGUCUUCAGUUUCUUAUCUCUCGUGGCUUCAUCCCGGAUACACCUAUAGGUGUUGCACAUUUCCUACUCCAGAGAAAAGGACUGAGCCGACAGAUGAUUGGAGAAUUUCUUGGCAAUAGCAAGAAGCCAUUUAACAGAGAUGUUUUAGACUGUGUGGUGGACGAGAUGGAUUUCUCUGGGAUGGAGCUGGAUGAGGCUUUGAGGAAGUUUCAGGCUCAUAUCCGUGUGCAGGGAGAAGCACAGAAAGUGGAGAGACUGAUAGAGGCAUUCAGUCAGCGCUACUGUAUGUGUAACCCAGACAUUGUGCAGCAGUUCCACAAUCCUGACACCAUCUUCAUCCUUGCAUUUGCCAUCAUACUUCUCAACACAGACAUGUACAGUCCCAACAUCAAACCCGAUCGGAAGAUGCUGCUUGAAGACUUCAUCCGCAAUCUAAGAGGUGUUGACGAUGGGGCAGAUAUUCCACGGGACAUGGUAGUGGGAAUAUAUGAGCGUAUUCAGCUGAGGGAAUUACGAUCCAAUGAAGACCAUGUCACUUAUGUUACCAAAGUGGAGCAAAGCAUUGUGGGAAUGAAAACGGUUUUGUCAGUGCCUCACAGAAGACUGGUGUGCUGUAGUCGGCUGUUUGAAGUGACUGACAUCAACAAAGCCCAGAAGCAAGCGGCUCACCAGAGAGAGGUUUUCCUUUUCAAUGACCUACUUGUGAUUUUGAAAUUGUGUCCAAAAAAAAAGAGUUCAGCUGCAUACACCUUCUGCAAGACCAUGGGACUGCUGGGCAUGCAGUUCCACCUGUUUGAGAACGAAUGUAAGUUCCAACAGUUUUUUUAUAGAAUUAUUUUUGAGUUUUUCUAUCCUCCAAAAUGGAUAGAAUAUUUGUAAUGUAUAGAACAGUGG